AUGUCUGCCCCCCAGCAUCCUCCUCCUUCUGCUACCAAGCAGCAACCUGCCACCAAGAAGAAGAAGACCAAGGAGACCAAGAGCCCAGACGUCGCGUCUGUCACCCCGGCCACCGCUUCGCCUACUCCUGGUGCCCCUGGUACCUCUGGUACCCCUGGAGUCGCUGCUGCUGCGUCCGCCGCUGUCGCGGCGGAAGAGGAGAAGCGUACCCAGGAUUGGUCCAACAACGAGACGCUCGUCAUGUUGCGGGAGCUUGUUGAUCGGCGUUUGGCGCAAGGAUCGUACAUCAAGACCUGGCAGAAGAAGACUCUGGACGCUGUCGCGGCCAAGAUACACCAGCAGGUCGCCGGUACCGUCCUCAGGACGGACAAAUCCCUCAGGGGGAAGAUCAACACACUUAGGAAGGACUACAAGCUCAUUGCCACCCUGCUCAACGACUUCUCCGGCUUUGGUUGGAACGGUGAGCUCAAGUGUGUCUACCACGAGGACGAUGUUUGGUACAGAGUCAGCGCCAAAUACCGCAAGUUCCAAGUCUUGCGCUGGCCUUUCUACGACCUCAUGCUGCAGCUAGAAGAGGGAGGGGCCGAACCCACGGGUGAACAGGUGUUUGAUCCUUUGUCGGACACGGAGCCGGUGUUGUCGUGGAGCGCGAGUGAGAGAGGCAAGGGUGUUGAGCAGGCUGUGGGUGCAGAGCAGAGCGAACGAGAGGUGAGAGCCGAACGAGUGAGCAAGCUUCUUUGUGAAAGAUUUCGUUACUGUUGAUGUGAGAGUGCAAUGCUGACAUAUACCUCGGUAUAGGC